AAUUCACUCAGCUUCCAGGGAAUUUGGGGAAAAGUUUUAAAAAAAAUCAGACAAAAGCGUCAGACAUUGCAUCCAAUACUUAAAAGUUUAAGUGGUCAAAGUGUUUCCAGCAGCAUGGUGACCCUGUUAACAAGAUGCACAUUCUCACUCAUGCAAACAUGAAUAAAGCUAAACAGUGCAACUGGCAGAUUGAAAGGAGAAGAGAAUAAUAAAGUUUACUUCAUUCUGAGCAGAGACAGAGAACAAUCUAAUCAAACACGAAGAAGAUGAGAUUGUAUCUGUAUUACUUGAUAGUACUGGGGUCCAGUUAUGUGACUUCGACUUACGGACCCCAUCAGAGAGCACAAAAGACAGGAGACAUUUUACUUGGAGGUCUUUUCCCCAUUCAUUUUGGUGUUGCAUCUAAAGAUCAAGACCUGGCAGCUCGACCAGAAUCCACGCAAUGUGUUAGGUUCAAUUUUCGUGGUUUCCGUUGGCUCCAGGCAAUGAUUUUUGCAAUUGAUGAAAUCAACAACAGCAGCACAUUACUGCCCAACAUCACUUUGGGCUACAGGAUUUUUGACACAUGCAACACUGUGUCAAAGGCUUUGGAAGCUACCCUUAGCUUUGUUGCCCAGAACAAGAUCGACUCCCUGAAUUUAGAUGAGUUUUGUAACUGUACCGACCACAUCCCAUCAACCAUUGCGGUCGUGGGAGCUGCUGGAUCUGCUGUCUCUACAGCAGUUGCAAACCUGCUGGGUCUCUUUUAUAUUCCUCAAAUCAGCUAUGCCUCCUCCAGUCGCCUCCUGAGCAACAAAAAUCAGUACAAAUCUUUCAUGAGGACCAUCCCCACAGAUGAAUACCAGGCCACAGCCAUGGCAGACAUCAUUGAGUACUUCCAGUGGAACUGGGUCAUUGCUGUUGCAUCAGACGAUGACUACGGACGCCCCGGAAUUGAAAAGUUUGAAAAGGAAAUGGAGGAGCGAGACAUCUGCAUUCACCUGAAUGAACUUAUUUCUCAGUAUUGUGAAGAUCACGAGAUCAGAGCUCUGGUUGACAGGAUCGAGAACUCCUCGGCUAAAGUGAUAGUUGUUUUUGCCAGUGGCCCAGACGUUGAGCCCCUUAUCAAAGAGAUGGUCAAAAGAAACGUUACAGAUCGCAUCUGGCUCGCCAGUGAGGCGUGGGCAAGUUCCUCGCUUAUUGCUAAACCAGAAUAUUUAGACGUUGUUGCAGGAACUAUUGGCUUUGCUUUAAGGGGAGGGCAUAUACCAGGCUUUAGAGAGUUCUUACAGCGUGUCCAACCAAAGAAAGYCAGUCAUAACGAAUUUGUCCGAGAGUUUUGGGAAGAAACAUUUAACUGUUAUCUGGAAGACAGUCCAAGACUUCGAGAGAGUGAGAAUGGCAGCACUACUUUCAGGCCUUUGUGUACGGGUGAGGAGGACAUCGCAAAUGUUGAGACCCCGRACCUGGACUACAAACACCUUCGAAUCUCUUACAAUGCUUAUGUAGCAGUUUAUUCAAUAGCUCAGGCCUUGCAGGACAUACUCACAUGCACUCCUGGGCAAGGACUAUUUGCCAAUAAUUCCUGUGCCAAUAUCAAAAAAAUUGAAGCAUGGCAGGUGCUGAAGCAGCUCAGACAUCUGAACUACACCAACAGUAUGGGUGAAAAGAUGCACUUUGAUGAGAAUGCAGACAUGCCAGCAAACUAUACCAUCAUUAACUGGCACAGAUGUACAGAGGACGGCUCUGUGAUCUUUGAGGAAGUUGGGUAUUACAGUAUGCAUGCCAAGAGAGGAGCCAAGCUGUCCAUUGACAAGACAAAGAUUCUCUGGAAUGGACGCAUUUCAGAGGUCAGUUAAACUGUUCUGGAAAGCUUGUUCCUGUAAAGGUUUUAUAAUAUUUCCUGGAAUUCAGUAAGUUUUAUUAGUYAAGUACAGGAUUUACUAGCAAAAUGUCUAUAGUAUGUAGUUAUACAGUUUCCCUUUGGAUUAAACACUGAUAAAUGCUCCAUUUGGCACUGAGGUGGUCUGAAAGUAGUGUACUACAGUAGAUAAUACGAUUGCGUUACUGUAUAUCAGCGGAAAAGAGAUCAUAUACAUGUUAAGGGGGUGAGGUAGGUGAAAGAAAAAAAAGUUUUGAAACUGUGAACGUUUGAAAAAAAAUUAAAAAUGCAUUAUACAUUGAAUUGGAUACCCAUGACUAUUUGCAGAAGUCAAAAAUAAAAACAGACAUUCAUUACACAGUCAAACACUUACACAUAAAGCAGUCAUUUUUAUUGGGCAGGUGCAUCCAYUGUUUUGAUUGGUACUUGUAUUUUGUACAUU